AUGAAGAAAGUCUGUUCGAACAUCCCAAAAAUGGACAAACUCAAUAAAUUAACUCAAUUGAUUUCCGUACUCUUUACUGAGUGUUUUCCCGGAAAACUCAUUUCUAAUGCAAGAAACGAAUUCUUUAAAUCUUUGCAAACUAAUCGCAUGUUGUCACAUCAUGUUCAAUUUGGUACUCCAGAAAUGAAAAGACUGUAA